GCAGGAGGAGCAGGAAGUGGCCCGGGACUUCCGGGACGGGAAAGUCGGAGCUGCUGCCGGCCGUGGACUUGACAGGCGCGGUCCCUGCAAGUAGCCGCCGUCCUCCUCGGGUCUUGCUCGCGUCUCCCCUGCAGCCUCCUUCGCCGCCGGCGCCCCGCAGCUCCUGCCUCCCGUCGCCGCCCCUUCCCCAUGUUCCGGGGCCGGAGUCGUGGACGCCGAGACCCGCUCGCCGGUGACCCAUCAUGUCCGAACUGACCAAAGAGCUGAUGGAGCUGGUGUGGGGCACCCAGAGCAGCCCCGGCCUCUCGGACACCAUCUUCUGCCGCUGGACGCAAGGGUUUGUGUUCAGCGACUCAGAGGCAUCGGCGCUUGAACAGUUUGAAGGCGGACCCUGUGCUGUCCUCGCACCCGUCCAGGCAUUUCUUUUGAAGAAGCUCCUGUUUUCCUCUGAGAAGUCAUCUUGGAGGGAUUGCCCAGAGGAGGAGCGGAAGGAACUCCUAUGUCAUACAUUAUGUGACAUUUUAGAAAGUGCUUGUUGUGACAACUCGGGACCCUACUGCUUGGUGUCGUGGCUCCGAGGAAAGACAGCUGAUGGAAGUACCAGUGGUUCUGGGGGGCCUGCGGAGUCCAGCUGCCAAGUGGAACAUCCUUCUGCCUUGGCUGUCGAAGAGCUUGGCUUUGAGCGAUUUCAUGCAUUAAUUCAAAAAAGAUCAUUCAGAAGUUUGUCAGAAUUAAAAGAUGCUGUAUUGGAUCAGUAUUCAAUGUGGGGAAACAAAUUCGGAGUAUUGCUUUUUCUGUAUUCUGUGUUACUGACCAAGGGCAUUGAAAACAUAAAAAAUGAAAUUGAAGAUUCAAGUGAGCCCUUGAUAGAUCCUGUAUAUGGACAUGGCAGCCAAAGUUUAAUUAACCUCCUGCUGACGGGCCAUGCCGUCUCCAACGUUUGGGAUGGUGACAGAGAAUGCUCAGGAAUGAAACUUCUUGGAAUACACGAACAGGCAUCAGUCGGAUUCUUAACGUUGAUGGAAGCUUUAAGAUACUGUAAAGUUGGUUCUUACUUGAAAUCUCCAAAAUACCCUAUUUGGAUUGUUGGCAGUGAAACUCACCUCACCGUAUUUUUUGCCAAGGACAUGGCUUUAGUUGCCCCGGAGGCUCCUUCAGAGCAAGCCAGGAGAGUGUUUCAAACCUAUGAUCCAGAAGAUAAUGGGUUCAUACCUGAUUCACUUCUAGAAGAUGUGAUGAAAGCAUUGGACCUUGUUUCAGAUCCUGAAUAUAUAAAUCUCAUGAAGAAUAAAUUAGAUCCUGAAGGACUAGGUAUCAUAUUACUGGCACCAUUUCUUCAAGAGUUUUUUCCUGACCAGGGUUCCAAGGGCCCAGAGUCUUUCACUGUGUACCACUACAAUGGACUGAAGCAAUCAAAUUAUAAUGAAAAGGUAAUGUAUGUGGAGGGGACCGCAGUUGUUAUGGGUUUUGAAGAUCCCAUGCUCCAAACAGAUGACACACCUAUUAAACGCUGUCUCCAAACCAAAUGGCCAUAUAUUGAGUUGCUCUGGACCACAGAACGCUCUCCUUCACUAAACUGAUGUGCCCAAGAAUUGACAAGAUGGAUGUAAUAGCAGAUGUUGAAAUAGGGAUGCAAGACUGGCGGUUGGCUAAAUUAAGUUCUACACUGGUAUCAUUGACUAAUUGUAAAUAAAAACACAUUUUCAGUGUUUGAGAUGUUUAAAUUAUUUCUUUGAAAGCCUUAUGUUAAAAGUUACCCUAUUUAACUAUGUGAAAUUUACUAGCAAAAUUAAGCUUUAAUCAAAAGUUUGUUACCUUUGCAGUCAGGUAAUUGGUCACUUAUAAAAUUAUAAGCAUAAUAUAAUAGCAUUUGUAUAUUGAGAAUUAGAACCACUUUUUAUUAACUUCUACUUUGGGUUUUAUUUCCAUUCAGCCACACUUUGUUGUUGGUUCUGUCUUGCAAAAAUUUAUCAGCUUUCACAUUGAAUUUCAGAAAAGUUUUUUUUUUUUCCUGAAAUGUUUCUGUAUUAACAAAUCAUCAACCUGGAUCCUCUACAAUUGGCUUUAGCUCUGGCAUGUUUAUAAAAGUAGAAGCUGUAAAGGAGCACUGACAUUUGUUCAGAUGUGAGGGUGUGUUUUUUAAAAAUGAUCAGGAAGAAUCUGUUUGCUCGUCUUAACACUGUUAACGUUCGCUGUAUUGCCGAGUUUGUCCCAACGGCCCUGGAAGCCAGCUUUUCUUGUGUGUAUUUAUAAAUGUGAUAAAUGCAUGAAGACAUCUGUUAUUACAUUAGUAUAUUGCAUUAUUUAUUAUGAUCCGAGUGAUGGCCUAAAUAAACUUUUUUUCUUUAUCUGUA